UAUAUUUAUUAUUUUACUAAGCCAAACACCCCCAAAAUCCAAUCCCGUAUAGAAUAAAAAGAAAGCACAAGCUCCAUUUCCAACUAGCAGUGGGGCUUUCUACUAUAUUGAUAUUCUGAUUCAACCUCUUAAGACCUUGUUUUCAGGCCAAAUAGACUCUGCUUUGAGGUUUGAGCUCCAAAAAAACACAAGAACAACAUGACCGACCGAGUCCACCCUCAGGACGACUCAGCUCCACUCGCUCACCCCUCAACGACGUCAUCUCCAAACAACUCCUCAGAGUUUCCCAAACGCCCCUCCCCUCCGUCACCGGAAAAGCCUGUUCCACCUCCCGGAACAUACGUCAUCCAAAUCCCCAAAGAUACAGUCUACCGCGUUCCUCCGCCUGAAAACGCCAAGAAGUAUCAGCAACUCUCUCGCCGGAAAUCCAACCGUCGACCCUGCUGUUGCUGCUGCCUCUGUUGGCUCCUCGGCCUCAUCGUCAUCCUCAUUGUCCUCGCCGGAAUCUCUGCUGGAGUUCUCUACCUCGUGUUCCGACCUGAAUCGCCGAAGUACACUGUCGAUGAUGUAUCCAUCAAGGGGAUCAACCUCACCUCGUCGUCGUCUUCGUCGGUUAUAUCUCCAACGAUCGACGUGGAGGUCCGAGCCGAGAAUCCGAACGACAAGAUUGGGAUCUACUACGAGAAAGAUAGCUCCGUCAGGGUUUAUUUCUCGGAUGUGAAACUGUGCGACGGCGUUUUGCCCAAGUUUUAUCAGCCUUCGAACAACGUGACGGUUUUCAAGACGACGUUAGCGGGUUCGGGCAUUGAGUUCACGGAGAGCGUGCACAAGUCGCUAAGGAGUGCUCAGAGCCAAGGGAGGGUGCCCCUGGAGUUAAAACUGAGAGCGCCCGUAAAGAUAAAAGUGGGGUCCGUGAAGACGUGGACGAUAACGGUGAAGGUUAACUGCGAUAUAACGGUGGAUAAGUUAACGGCGGAGGCCAAGAUUGUUUCCAAGAAAUGUGAUUAUGAUGUGGAUUUGUGGUAGAAAAAAAGUGAAAGAAUUGUUGUAGAAUAAGGAAAUUAGAAAUUAGAAAUUGGAUUCAUAUAUAUAUUUAUAUAUAAUUUUUUUUUC